AUGUAUGUGUCAUUCAUCAGAAGCCGUCCGUCGUCAAAUAUCCCUUGAGCCAUACAUAGGUCGAUCGACACACACAAAACCCUACCGCAGUCCGUCGCACAAAGUCGAAAAUGCAUAGGGACCUACACCACACCGACCCGACCCGCACCAGACAGACCGGCAUCUCUCCUUGCCGACCCUCACCGUCCGGCGCCUGGCCAACCAACAAGACUACCAGGCACCGCACUCACUGAGAGGUUGGCGGCCAAAAGAGAUUGAUUCAUCAGACGCAGUAUCUUACGACCACGCAGCAACUGCAGCGCAUCAACGAGAAGGGGGAAAAUUUUGCACUGGAGCGGAACCCAAUGCCUCAUAUCAUCCAACAGCCAAGCAGCGCGAGAAGUGUCGUCUCGCCACACACACACGAUGUGAGCCCUACAUCCGUGCAAACGGAUUGCAUCGAGCCUCCCUGUCCGACAAGUGGGACGGCACCGUCACAGCCACAGGGCCGGAUGUGACAGCACCGUGCCUUCCGUCGGAUAAAGAGACAACGACGCUUACCUGUGCAGCCAGCAAUCAUUCGGCAGAUAGAUAACACAGAAAAAGACCAAACCUAAGUCACGCCCUAGAAACGCUGCCAAUCUAUCUAUCUGUCUGGCUAGAAUUGUAUCUCGACCUUUCCGAACCCGUCAAAGGACCCAUCGGCCUUAUCGCCCGCCGCCACCGGUGUCAUGCCCGUGGUCGUGCCCGUGCUGAUGACCUGACCACCAUACAGACUCACGCCCCGGGGCGACAGAAAGUUGACCUGCCACACCAGACACCACCAAACCAACGGGAUCCGUCCGGUCCAUAUCAUUCAUCAUUCAUUCGCUCACUCCAGGUCAGUCAAGUGAUCUGAUCACCCACCCACCUACCAGCCAGUGCAGCGCCGUCAGUGGGUUGCCCAGGACCUCAGCUGACGUGCCCGAAGCCACCGUCACGUUGUUGACCGACAGGGAGACUGGCACCGGCGUGUCGAAUAAAGGAGUGGUGGGCGAGGGCGGGGAGGCCUCGCCCAACACGAUCUCGCCACAACCGCCCUGACAAGAUGCAACAGAGAGAAUGAAAUGAGCAGGGCAAGAAGGGCGUGCCAUCCUUUUCUGUGAGAGUGAGGGGUUGCCGCUCGUCUACAGAUAUCGCUCACAUAGUCAGCGAUCACAAACGGCGCAGGUGUGGUCUUGAAGAGGGUCUGCUCGGGCACCCUGGGCCUCACCACCUCAUACGCCGGGAUAAUGGCACCUGUCCAACGAACGAACAGAGAGAGGGAGAUGCAGUCAGCCUGUGUCUGUCUGUGAGCCUCUGUGUGUGUGUGUGUGUGUGUUGCCUCACUCACCCACAGCGUCGGUCACUUGUUCCAUGGAGUAGACGUCGCCCUGCUCGCCUCUGCUGGGCAAGUCGUGCUUGAGCUUGAGCACGAACUCGCACUCGAUGCCCCGGACGUUGUCGCUGCUCGUCUUGGCCGGCGACUGCACCACACGGAACACGGCGCCACACCAGCAUUCCGACAGGCCUGCCAUGAUCCGCCGGCCAAAAAGGAUGAGGAGAGAUUUAUGUAUGCCACUAGGUAUGUCAUGUCCAUGCAGGCACGCAGACUCAGUCACUGACUGACCCAGUGCUUCUUGCUGUGCCUUUUUGCACCCUCCAAUCUUCCAUCCCAGGGGGUGAUCGAGGCCCAUCUUCUUGCAUGUCUUGUCGAUGACCAACCGCUGCACCUGGAAACCUACACACACAAACCAACGAAGGAAGCACACCUGCAUCUCCUUCCUCCACUCUCUCCCCGCCGCGGCGGCCCGCCCACCUUCCUCAGCGUUUAUCGGUCCCCAUCCGCCGGCAGCAUCGAGGUAGUCGUCAUAGGCGGCGUUUGUGGUGCCCAUGAAGGCAUCCACCAACUUGUCGGCCAUCCCGUCGGCUGCCUCUGGGAUGGGCGGCAUGGAAAGUGCCAUGGUCAGAUCUUGGUGAGAACGUAGAGGAGAAUGC